AUGGUAGAAGCAGAGGGCAACCCCACGACGUGGAAAUUCACCCAGUGUUUUGGUGACAAAGGCGAUGUCGAAGACAUAACCGAAGACAGCGCAGCCGACAUCAUCUCCACCGUAGAGUUUGACCAGACGGGCAAUUACCUCGCAACAGGCGACAAGGGUGGCCGUGUUGUUCUUUUCGAGAGGAAUGAGACGAAAAAAACCUGUGAAUACAAAUUCCACACAGAGUUCCAAUCACACGAACCCGAGUUUGACUAUCUAAAAUCCCUCGAAAUCGAAGAAAAGAUCAAUAAAAUCAAGUGGUGUCGUCGCCAAAAUGCAUCCCACUACCUGCUCUCCACAAAUGACAAGACGAUCAAGCUAUGGAAGGUGUUUGAAAAGUCACUCAAGGUGGUGGCAGAAAACAAUCUUUCGCACGAGUUGACGCCUGGUGGAGGGGUUGCCGGUGGCGGCGGUCCAGUCAGGAACCCAAAUGCGCAGUUCCGUAACGCCACCGAUCUGAAGCUCCCUCGUCUCACACAUCACGACACGGUUGUCGCAGCAGUGCCUCGGAAGACGUACGCAAACGCACAUGCAUACCACAUCAACAGCAUAUCGGUCAACAGCGAUGGAGAGACCUUCAUAAGCAGCGACGAUCUGCGAAUCAAUCUCUGGAACCUCAACAUCCAGGACCAGAGCUUUAACAUUGUCGAUAUCAAGCCUGCCAAUAUGGAGGAGCUUACAGAGGUCAUCACAGCCGCUGAAUUCCAUCCAAUUAGCUGUAACUGGUUCAUGUAUGCAAGCUCCAAGGGCACGAUCAAGCUUGCAGACAUGCGAGAGAGCGCUCUGUGCGAUCAGCACGCCAAACAAUUCGAACAAGAAGAAGAUCCAUCUUCUCGUUCUUUCUUCUCAGAGAUCAUCUCGUCCAUCUCCGAUGUGCGGUUCUCACACGAUGGACGUUACAUCUUAUCACGCGAUUACCUCACUGUCAAGAUCUGGGAUGUGAACAUGGAGCGAACCCCUGUAAAGACCAUUCCCAUUCAUGAGCACCUCCGACCGAGGCUCUGUGAUACGUAUGAAAACGACAGCAUUUUCGACAAGUUCGAGGUCGUAUUUUCGGGCGAUGCCAAGAACGUCAUGACCGGUAGUUACAACAACAACUUCAUGAUAUACCCUUCAGACCCAGAGAAGGACACGGAGGUUGUCCUACAAGCCGACAAGUCGGCGUUCAAGGCGAAGAAGGUGGGUAUCCCAACCCCUAUGAAUUCUUCGACGAGCCCCACCGGCAGCAACACCAGUAAGAAGGGUGGUUCAAGAGCCGGUAGCCCGGCUGCUGGUGCAGUGGGUCAAGGGCAACGCAUGCGAAAGGAGACGGAUGCGGAUCAGAUCGACUUCAACAAGAAGAUCCUGCACAUGAGCUGGCAUCCAUUCGAGGACAGCAUUGCCAUUGCGGCUACAAACAACCUCUUCGUUUUCAGCGCUUUGUAG